CUGUCAUAUGGGAUAUAAAUAAAAAUAAUAAAUAUUCCUAAAAAAUUGAAACUAUUUGGCUUUGGCAAAUGGCAAAGUAACAUAAUAUAGUGCAAUUGCUAAUUUACUUUAUGUAUGUUAUUAAGAAAUAUGGAACAAGUAUAUUGAUGAUAAAUCUAUGAAGCAUAUUGCUUAAUUAACUGCAAGACAAAUCUUACCACUGGUGUUAAGUGUUAAGACCAAUUAUUCAUAAAUAUGACUGUAAGACGACACACAGAUCCAAUAAACAUAAAGCGAAUAUGGAACGCCAUACGACAGGCGAACCACCAGAAAGUUUCGCCCGAUUUGGCGAGAAUUACGAAAUAUUUGCAGAGCAUUUUCAACUACAGCCCGACGCAAGUUGAACUGCACCUCAAACAGGCCCUUGACGAUAAACUUAUCGCGCCAGUAAAAUCCACAAAUCCAAACCAAACUUACAAGGUACCUCUGCAAGAUGAAUUGACAGCAACAGAUGGUAAGGAUUGGUACUGCUUUGAAUGCCAUCUAGCUGGCGAUGUAAUAGAAUGCCAGACCUGCUUCCGGGUGUUUCACCAAGGUUGUCUGAUGGGCGCUGGAAAAAAAUUCGAGCACCAUAAAAAUAUGAUGAAUUUCAACAGUGAAAAUAUUUCCAAACCGACUACCACACAUGAAGCUUUAACAAUAGUGGAAGAUGUUGUAAAUACGUGCAAUAACAGCACAGAAUCGAACCAAAUCGGCACGUCUACAUCCACUUCUAAUUCGUUAAAUACUGUUGAUAAGAAGAGAUUGUUAUUCGAUGAGAAAUUAUGUUCGAUAUGUAACAUAAAAAGAGUAGAUACUACGGAAGAUAUGGACAAAAGCGAUAUUAAUUAUUUGCUAAAAUUCGUUUUACGAAGAAUUAGAGCUUGGUUGCCUAUUGCAAUAACUGAUACCCUAGCAGCUGAAGAUACUCCAGACUGGCUUUCGGAAUUGGAAAUAACAUGGAGGGCGAAUCAAUUAUUUUGCGAACACACCGACAUGUCGGUGAUCGAAGUGAAAUUGAAUACAGAAACGUACAUUACGUUUACCGAAUUCUUAGCGGACGCUUUAACAAUUCACCACAAUGUAGCCAUAUUUCACGGAAUCGAAUCUCAGGAGUACGGAGCGGCGGAAUUUAUGGUAAGAGACGCGCUACACGACAUCAGCGAAAUUAGAAAUUGCGUGGAUUGUUACAAGCACAGCAAUGAAAAAUUAAUCCCCAAGUGGUUUUGCUUGCCGUGCAGAGUACCCCACGAACUGGUGUGGGCCAAGCAGAAAGGUUAUCCUUUUUGGCCUGCCAAGGUCAUUAGAAUAACUGAUGCGCAUUACGAUGUGCGGUUUUUCGGCGGGAAGUACGAAAGGUCUCUAUUACAGAAGAUGUUUGUUAGACCCAUAGAUACCCCUAAGGAUACGCUAAUGAUUAAACCAUCUACAGCCUUUACUAGAGCCUAUGAUGAGUUGAAGUUUCACCAGAAACUAUUAAAAAACUCUAACGAAGUGGAAAAGUUGUUAUCAGAAUCUAAAAGCAAGCGUAAAUCUCUACCCAAGAAUGCUUUAAAACCUGCAAUUAACAAACUUCCACCGAAGAGUCCCAUUAAAACUCCGAAUAAUAAAAUCGAAAAGAAAAAUAAACCUGCAAUUCCACAACCUAAUGAUUCACAAGAGGCAGGAGUCUCUUCAAGUCCAAGUUCCGUAGGAAAGAGGCAAAGUGACGACUGCAUUACAUUGGAAGUCGAUGAUAAAAGAAGAAAACUAUCCACAGAUAACGUAGCUAAUUCCACAUAUUCCGGCACGAACGUAAUCGACAUAUCCGACGGUGAAGAAGAAGACGACAGCGAAGAAUAUUCUUUCAGACAAAACGAUACUUUAAAUUUGGAAGAAUCCUAUGAGCAAGUGACCAGUUCCACGGAGAAUUAUGGUAAAUUCGUGUCGCCUCGAAGCGAAAGCGGCAUGCAACCGUUGGAUCAACCUUACAGCGAUUCGGUGGAAAAGAUGAGAAGAACUUUGGAACGGCUACCCAAUAAAAAGGAAAUCAUCAAGUGCGCUAUGGACUGCAUGCAGACUGAGAUAGAUAAAAUAAUGAACGAUCACAACGAACACUUGAAGAGGUUGUUCGAGUCGCAUAACCAGCAGAUUUCGGAAACGAAGAAAAAGCAAUGGUGUUACAAUUGCGAACAAGAUGCUAUUUACCACUGUUGCUGGAAUACAGCGUAUUGCUCGCAGACGUGCCAGCAGCAGCAUUGGCAAGCGGAGCAUAAGAAAGUUUGUCGCCGUAAACGUUAGAUUUUCAUUGAGUUAAAUGAAAACGUUGAAUGUGAUAUUUGAGUGGAAAAUUAAGUUUUUUUUUGUUUUAAUUGCAAUUUAAUUGUUUGCGGUAUGUCAUAAUGAGUUUUUAAAAUUAUGAAUUAUAAGUGCACUCUUAUGUUUCUAUUCUAUAUUUCAGUUAUUGGUUAAUAUGAUCUUGAUACAUUUUUCUUUUAUUUUAUGUAACACAAUCUUUAUUUUGGAGGAAAAAGCUAUAAUAAAGUGUUAGGAAAUUU